AUGAACGAUCUUCCUGACGAAAUUCGCCACAUCCGGCAGGGCUUCAUCCCCAUUUCGCUGCUUCUCACCCGACUCGCUCAAUCGACGCAUAACUCCCUCCAGGACAAGAUCGCCGACCUAGCUAAGAUGGCCGUUCCGGCAAAUGCCCUUAACGGAAACGCCGCCUUUCCUACCAGCGUCGCGGACGACUCGUCUAGCGAAAACAUGAAGAAGAAGGCUGCGAUAUUGAAUUUCGCCCAAGACAUGCACGCCAAAUGGGUCAAGGCUCUCGUCAUCACGGAAUGGAGCAGGAAAUCCGAGAUGGUCAGCAAACUCAUCGACCUCAAGUUUCACAUCGAUCAACAACGCAUACUUUUCGACGCAGCCUUGGACAACAUUGUAAAUGUCAAGCGGGAUUUGACUUUUGCUCGCAUGCCCAGCCCCGAUCUGAAGACAGCUCUUCAGGUUCUCUCAACCGGAAAAGCUGCGUGGAUGCCGGAUCUUCAGUACAUUGAGCCACCAGCGUUGACGCCGGACGAGCAAAUCAAGUGGAUUAAUGACCUCAACACAUUAUUAUCCUUACGAUUGAACCUAGAAGACUUCGACAAAAUUCCUUACCACUUCCGGAACUACGAGAUUGGCUCUGGCCGAGUCACUUUCAAAGUCCCUGGCGAAUUCGAAGUCGACCUCACCAUCGCAGACGAAGAUUUUGAAAAACAAUUUUGGUUUAUUGAUUUCAGAUUUACCUUUAACCCAUCAGCAUCAGUACUCCCCGAAUCCUUGAAAAACUACCUAGAGGCAUAUGUCAAUGAAGUCCUCAGCAAGGAUGGCCUAGCCGGUUGUUAUCAGUUCCUUCACGAGUUUGUCCUGACACACAAGCUGAACGAGUUGAAACGCCAAGCUCUCCAGUUGAGCAAGAACUCUUGGACUGGCACACUCAUGGUCGAACCUUUGAACCGAGCUCUCGCAAUCCAAUACUGGACUUCUCGGACUCCUCCAACUGGCCCGAAAAGCUGGGUUUUGAUCGCGGUGAACAGCGGUCGCAAACAGAAUGGUCAAGUGAAUCCGAAAGCAUCGAGCUCCUUGAUGGCGAAGUGGUAUCGGGACAACAAGGAGGUGAAUGACACAGAAAUCCCGCUGGAUUGCGAAAACCUAUCAACAGAGACGCUCCUCCGAACUGUUGUGGGUCGCCACAUCGACUACAUUCUCAGUAGCAUUCACAGCAAACUUCAAAUGGCCCCGCGGUUCCGCAAUCGCGAGGCUGGCAUGGUCUUGCGCGUUUCCCAAUCCGACCCGGCCAACUCGUCCUUGACCAUGCAUGUCGGAUACAGCGACAGCGCAUCUUUGGUAAUGGAGCCGACAACGGGUCUCUUCGCUGUCAAGCCACACUCGAAGUUUACAAUUCAAUCCGAACACCAACUCAACAAUGGAAAGAAUCCGGCAGAAGAUGGUGUGUCCUGUCUGGAAAAUGUCAGGUGCGGGUUUAUGGAAGACGAACUCAACCGCCGAGGAAGCACAAUGGGAUGGAUUACCAAGAAGUGCCCUCUCAGCAACGAGGAGCUCAGAUCUGUCGUCAAAACCCGGGAGUGGACGAGGACCAUAUGGCUCCAGAGAGAUGGAUGGGAGCCAAACUGGUUUGUUAUGGUGAUGCUCAGCCUCAGCGGCGACGAAUGGUGGCUUCUUGAGGUGAAUCGGAAUGUCCCGAAUCAUGCCCCGAGAUUCCAAGCCAGGCUGCCGCUGAACAAGGGACACCCUAAUCUAUCAGAUGGCUUCUGGAACAAUCUGACAUUGUUCUCCACUGGUAUGAUCGCGCAGUCGGUGGACAUGCGUGAGCUUCAUCGAAAUCAUAUCAAGAGCAGGCCAAACGGCAGUCGGAACUGGGCCCUCCCGCAGCAAAUCCGGCUUCCUUCCAUCGAGAUUGCUCUCUCGGGCAUCUUCCCAUCUAUGGUGUUCGAUAGCGUGGAAAAGGAGACGCCAAAGGUCAUGAAGACUCAAACCAACCCCGAUCUCGAGAACACUGAGUUGGCAUCCAUGGUGCGACCGAGCACUGGCCUUAAUCUUUCCACAAAGCAACCAUGGGCGAACGACAUUGUUGCAAUCAAAUUCAAGGGGGUCAAAUCACCAAAGAAGAUGACAGUGUCCCCUGACGGCACUAAAUCCGACAGUCUCCUCACGUGUGUAUCUGAUGGCUUGAUCAGAGUUCGCAGACCUGCCAAGUUUGCCGCACUGAAGGGAAUGGUCGACCGCGACGUCUCGUACAAUCCCCAGAGAGGCGAGUUCUGUCUGCGCAUACAUCAUGGUAUCGGGCAACCGAUUCUAUCUACUCUAAAAUCUCGAGUCAAGGCUGUCGAUCGAUUCGUCAACUUCUUGGAAUCGAUGGACAAGGCAAAGGGAACCAUCCAGAGUGAGUCGGUGACUCUGAGAGAGGUGACCUUUUCAUACGCCGAGCCGGUUCAAGAUAUAAAUGACAGCACCACCGGGCCACCAAAACGGUGGCGAGUGGUAUUGGAUCUGUCCAAGGAUGAGAUUGACGUUAGACUCGAGAUGGGUAACCCUCAUUUGAGAGUUGUCGAUCUGAUGCAGAGUCUUGUGAACAGUGAAGGCGGCAUCGAGGCCCUGAUGGUUUGGCUGUCAGCGUCUCUGCCUGCCUUGAGGGCAAUCGAAAACAUCGACACGGCAUGGGCGAGCAUCCAAGCCCAGCAAAGGGGCUAUGUCGAAUUCUCCAUGAAGACUAUCGAUUGGAUGAGCAUCCGGUACACCCUGGCAGGGCCAGGCGGAGCCCCUCAACAAUCAAAGCGACAGAUCACCCUCGAGGUCCGAAUGAAGGUCCGCCGUGGCGAGCCUUGGUGGCAUGUCUGGCGCUCCACCUUGGGAACAGGCGCUUCUCUCGACGACGACGUCACAGCAGCGCUCAAGCCCAUCUGGGAGAGCAAGGGCGAAGACUGGCACGGCCUUACUUCGAGCGCUGCUGCUAAGCCGAGCAGAGGCGUGGUGAACAUGAUGGCGGCUAUCGACGACGCCAUCCGGCCGCUGGCUGAGGCGUCUUUCAGCGGAGGUGAUGAUUCCCAGGUCGUAGUUAUUGACUAG